AUGGCACAUCGUUCAGAUUCUAUGCCCUCCUGGUGGAACCCUUCUGUGGAGGACACACUCAUGUGGCCAAGCCUUCGCCCUUACAACCUAUCACAAGUUCCCCUCAUCUCGCUGCUCGAUGUGCCAUUCGAGGCUGAGGCUUCAGCACUGCAUGACAACCAUGCCUGUAGUUCACUUCACCUCUCGCCGCACGUUCGUGAAGCAUACAUGGCUUCAUCCCAGGGAGGUCUCGACGACCCGACUGAGAUGAAGCAGCUUGUGGAUUGGUUUAUGAAGAGCAUACAUACCAAGCAGCCCGUGAUCGAUCCCGAUGUUCUUUACAAACAGAUUGCGGUGGUCCAAGAGAAUGGCCUCUCUUGGGAUGGACCUACAUGUCUCUUGCUAAUCGCUUGUGCACUUGGAGCUAUCUGCACACCAUAUUCUCAUAGUACACUGGAAGACUACUCUAGCCCGUCGAUUGAUUCUCACCGGUAUCUGCGCAGCCGUGAAUACUUCGACGCUGGCCGCAGAAGACUUGGGCUUACAAUGGAGCACGCCAGUAUUACCGGCGUGCAAUGUUUCUUCUUCGCGGCUGGCUACUACAUCACCACAUUCAACCCUUUCGCUGCAUGGAGGACCAUGAAUGCAGCGAGCGUGAUGUGUAAGAACGUAAUGAUGAUCUCCCAUGAGGACAGUGGCGGUGGAAGCGAAUUUGAGAGCAGUGACUCGAAUGAAGCUCGCGACAAUUCACGCAGGAAGCUUUUCUGGAGUUGUCUCAAGACUGAGAGAGAGAUGGCCACCGAGCUGGGAUUUGACAUUGCCAACCUACAUUUGAUCGAAUACAAGACUCCCACUACGAUGCUGCACGACCCGAAUUUGCAAGUUCCGCAUAUCAAUGUGGACAUGCCUUCACCACAGCCUUUCACGCCCAAUCCCACUGCUCUAGGGAGAUUGAGAAUCGAGGAGCAAGAGCAGAGUUGGUUUUACUAUUUGACCGACAUUUCGCUCCGGAAGCUGGAGAUACAGAUCGACUCUUUCUUUCGAUCAAAACAACAACAACCCUCGCCCAUGUCUGAAGCCUACGAGGUAUUUUACAGGGAUAUCCUAGUCACGCUCGCGGAUUCCGACCAACAGAUAGUAGACCACUUCAAACGUCUGCCAGCCCCAAUCAGUGUUGAGACCGACGACUCGGGUCAUUCGCCCGAUGAUUUGCGCGAGUACUUGCGACUGCGAAUGAUUCGCAUUCGCCACGACUUGAGCAGGCCGGCGCUGUACCUAAUCCUACACGGCGUCUUUGAUGACAUCUCCGCUCACAUGCGGGCACAGGCAGUCCAAAUCGCAAAUCGAGCGCUGGCCAUCGACGAGUAUCUCGUCACGCAUGGUCUGACUACCCAUCGCCAUCCCGGAACAUGGUUGGGCGUCCGUUACUGCACAAGAGCAGCGUUGGAGCUCUUUGCGGCGGCCAAAGCUGGGUCUCCUGACAUUAUUCUUCCUCGCAAUUGGAGAGCUGGGAUGGAGAGGUUCAAGGUCGCGUUGAGAUACUGGAGUGCUGAGAGCAGGGAUGCCUUGCUCUACCUUGGUUGGAUUGAACGUCUGGAAUCGUGA